CCUCGUCGCCGCCGCCCUUCUCGGACGCAGCGCCAGCGCCGAUGCCGCGGCGGCCGCGUGAGCGCCGCGAGAUGGAUGUCAAGGUGCUCUACACACUCGAAUCGGCGCCGCACAGCACCAUGGUCGCGCACCUCGGGCGGCAGCUGCCCGUCGAGCUGCUGCCGGCUCGCCGCAACGCGCCGGCAUCCACGCCGCGCUUCGGCACCGUGACGCUCAAGACGUGUUUGAGCGCCAUCUGCAUCGCCUCGCCCGAGCUCGUCUUUGACCGCCGAAAAGACUACACGCUCUACGCACAGGACCCGCUCGAGUCGCACCGGCGCCGCACGAGCGGGCCGUCGAACCCGUCGUUCGUCGUCGGCAAGGGCUUCUUCUCCUGGGCGCUGGCAGAGGCGGGCGAGGGCGACUCGAUGGUCACCGGCGUGGUGAGAGGCACGUACGAGGACGACGACGAGGAGCUCGAGAUCGUGCUGCGCCUCAAGGAGGCCGUCAAGCAGAGCCGAGAGCAGUACUACGACCUCGUCCGCGCCUUCAACCCCGGCGCGAGCGACGAGCCGGCCCCACAGCCGGCACCCGACGCCGUCACGUCCUCCUCCUCUCUGGGUAAGCGCAAGGCAGAGGAGACCGAGGCGCCGGCUUGCUACGCGCCGCAACGGCGAGAGCAGAGCCCGCAUCGCUCUCCCGCCACCUUUGCCGCUCCGCUGCCGAAGCAGAGCGCCUCAGAGGAGCGGAGUGGCUUGCACGCUCAGGAUCAGCAAGACGCAACGGCCGCCAGCACCCAGCAGCAGCUGCUCCAGCUGCUGCAGGCGCUGCAGGGUCAGGCAGCAGGAGACACGCGCUCGGCUGCAAGUCCGAUGGACGCGCCCGCGCUGAGCGCCGCAGGCGCACGCAUCAACGAGGUGCUCAGCCAGCUGACGCCGGCGAUGCCGUCCGUGCCGCUGCCCGCCUCUGCGGACUCGCGGCGCAACUCCCGACGCGACUCUGUCAUUGCCACCUCGCCAAUGACGCAGAUGACACCGGGCUACGGCGAGGAUGAGCUGAGGGCGACGUCCGCCGAGGCCGAGGCUCCGCCGAUCAACGAGACCGCCGCAGCCAAGAAGCGACGCGUCGCAGCCGAGACCAAGGCGGCCACGCAGAAGGCUCUGCGCGAGGCGCGCGCCUGCUACAACUGCGGCAUCCGCGGGCUGCGCUCGUGGCGCUUCGUCCACCUGCCGCAGGGCCUCGAUGCCGUGCUGUACAAAGACGGCAGCGACGUCCGCGAGACGGAGCGCGGUGCGUCGGUGGACAAGCCGCAGUGGCGUGCCUGCAACGCGUGCGGCAAGUACUUCACCAAGACGGGCAUGAACCGGCCGCAGGAGCGCGUCCUCGGCGACCUGCAGGGCGGCCCGCGUGGCGCUGCGUGGCGCGCUGCAGUCGCCCAGAACGGCCCCAAGCUCAGCGAGGACAGCGACGAGGGCGAGACAGAGCAAGCCGCCGAAGGCCUCGGCAUCAAGCGGGCGCGCUCGGCUGGCCUGCCGCGCACGCUCUCCGACGUCUGCGAGCGGGACAGCAAGCGCGUCAACGCCGGCGCCGCAUCGGCUGCGUCGCGCGGCGCCGGGCCCAAGAUGGCCGAGACGCUCGAGGAGGCGCGCCUCAAGGACUUCCUCAAGGACUCCGACGGCAGGUGGCGCACGAAGCGCAGCAUCCUCGAGAACCCGCAGGGCCUGCCGCCGGGCCGGCCCAAGGGCUGCAAGACGGGCGAGGCCAAGGGCCGCAGUGCACAGCGCCAGCGCCUCGCGGUCGCCCGCAAGGCCGAGGAGCGGGCCAGCUCGCGCGACGGCAGCGCGAACCGCAGUGCCAUGACGGCCUCGAGCCCAAACACGAGCAUGUCGGCGACGUUUGCGCACAGCGUGCCGCAGUCGAGUCCUGUGCGUCCGUCGCUCGCUGCUCGUGCCGUCACCGACGGCUGGGCGCUGCAGCAGCAACACCGCAGCCCCGCCGGCUUCUCUCGCCCGCAGGCAUGGAUGCCGACGCCGCGCGGCCGCUACGGCGCACCGAGCUACCUGCUCGACUCCAGCCCCGGCACAGCGCUGCAGACGCUCCUCAGCGAGGGCAACGACGACUGGUCGAACAUGGCCGGGCAGCCGCCGCCGACGCCGCUCCGCCGCUCGCCGCGCAAGAAUCCGCACGGCACGCGUGCGACGUACAACCCCUUCGCCAGUGACCAGAUCGAGCCGCACUCGAGCCCCACUCGCGGCGACCACAACCAGGCUGCUCGCAGCGGCCACGACAUGACACUCGACAGCGCCGACCUCAUGAACAUGAUCAGCACGAGCCCGCUCACGCGCGGACGCGUGCGCAGCGGCAACUACGAGCUGGCCGCGCCGCCGGGCACGCACCCUGCCCUCUGGUCCAGCGACGGUCCCUCGAGCGCCAACAAGGCCAGCAGUGAUGCCACGAGCCCCGACAGCUGCCCGGGCAGCCCGUCGCCCUCGCGCAAGUCUCGCCGCCUGCCCCGCGGCGUCAUGAGCGACGCAGCGCAGCCCGGCGCGCACACCGUGUCUCUCAACCAGGUUCGCCUGAACAGCAACGCCUGGGACAACGCGCUCGGCGCCGGUGCGACGCCCACCGACGGCGGACGCACGCCGGCCGACAACGCUGGCGAGCCGACGUCUCGGCGCACGCACGGCCGCUCGCCAUCGCAGGACCGCAAGGCCGCACGACAGGCUCGCGCUGGCCACGGCGGUCCGGGCUCGAGCCAUAUGGGCCCCUUCAUGGGCACAGAGGGCUUCGACGACGCCGAGAUGGACGAUGGCGGCCCGUGUGGCUCGCCUACGCUUGGUCGCGCGACGCGCCGCCGUCGUCCGGCCGCCGGUGCCUCGCUCUACGGCGCCGGUGCGCGCACGUCUGACGCGCUCGGCCCGGCCAGCAGCCCGCCGAUGUUCUCCGAGGCCGACCUCGGCGAGAUGGACGAGUGGGGCCGCACGGCCAGCAUGAAGGAGUUCUUCCCGACGCCCAGCCCCGUCAAGGCGUGGACGCUCGGCGAGAGCCCAGACAUGGCCACGCCCGCCGACACCAAGCCGGCAGCAGGGGCCGCGGCGCCGCAGCAAGUGCCGACGCCGCAGCCGCCGGUGAUCCACGUCAGCAAUGCGCCUGGCACUUCUGACGGCGCUCAGCCCUCGACGGCGCUCGUCUCGCAGAAGAACACGCCUGCCGCCGCUCCGACGCCAGUCAACUCGCUCACACCCGCCGCUGCGGCCAGCGCCGUCAAGCGUGUCGGCCGUCGGCCGCUGCCUGCGACCGUCGAGGACGCGCCAUCGACGUCGUCGGCCUCCUCGCCGCCCGAGGCGCUCUCGCCCGACGGCGAGUACGAGGACGCGCAGUCGCUCUUCGACAUGUUCGACGACCCGUACGGCCUGCUGGCCAACUCGGGCCUCGGCGCCAACGGCAACAUGCAGGGCAUCAGCCUCGAGACAUUCGACGGCGGCAUCGAGCUGCACCCGUCGUUCAACUUCAUGCAGCACCUGCAGCAGUUCACGCACGAGGGCAGCACCGGCGUCGCCGCCAGCGUUGCGACGGGCGCCGUCGUCACCUCUGCGGCUCCAGCCGCACCUGCCGCCGCAUCGCCGUCGAGCCCGCCUCGGCGCAGCCCGAUCAGCAACGGCGCCGCGCCCGCCACGCCGUCGAAGAAGACCACCGCCGCCCUCAGCGCCGCCGCUGCGGCCGCACAGCGCGGCGAGCUCUCGCCGGGUCUCAACGCUCUGCUCAACUCGUUCAGCGCCGCCGCGUCGAGCAGCAUGGGCGAUCCCGCCGCCUUCGCGCUGCCCAACUUCUCGCCGAGCCAGUUCAAUUUCGACGAGCAGACGAUGAAGAGCAUGUUCGCCUCGAUGGUCGCCAGCUCCUCGCCGCCGCGGCCGCUGUCCCAGCAGCGCGCUGCCAUCACCGCCACGGACGAGUCCGCGCCCGAGCAGGGCUCCUCUGCCUCCUAGCCUCAGCCGGCGCCUCGACGCCCGCCGUGUGCCUCCUUAUCACCAUCACGAGCCGCGAUAGACCCUCCACCCACUGUACUUCUAGCUCCAUUCACGCGCCCGCCAUUUGAUGCCCUUGCCU